GACCAAAGUAUGAUGGAUACGAAAAGCACGCAACGGCAUGUCUUGCGCUUCGCAAAUCAUCUUUACAGUCGACUCCAGAAACAACUUACGGAGGACAGUAUAUAUAUCAUAACAAAGUUGCUGCCAGAGCUACUCGAAUCAUUCUCUUUGAAACUUGGCCAGACAUCACAAUCACAAAUAAAACGAGACGCCAUGUUCAUUAUUUACACACAUCAAAACCAAAUAACUCAAUCAAUAAGAGCACUCGUUAAUUCAAAGAGUUUGUCGCGCGAAGAGCUUUUGACUAGCAGUCUAGUUGCUAAGCCUGAUGAGGAAUACUCUAUAAAAGACAAUUUUCAACUUUUUGAAGCAGCUACAAAAGAUCCAGCUUUUGAGUGGCUUGUUAAAAAACUUAGCAAUGAGCUAACUUCAACUGAUAUAGAUUCUUUUGCUGUGAAGCAAUUUUCUAGUUGUAUACGAGAUCGCCUUCCUCGGUUUCGAAGGAUCAACAGGAAAUAUCCAUCAAAGCCAUACAAGAUUACAUUUGAUGUCGAGUGCGAUAUCCCUAAAUUUAUACAGGAUCAAGGAUACGAAGGCUCUGCUGCUGACGUAGUGCCGAAGGUGAUAACUUUAACUGGGUCUAUUCAUGACGUCCAAGCAGCAACCUGUGAGCACUAUCUUAUCCAAACGUGGCCAGUGGUAGGAUGCAAUCUGUUGCGGACAAUCCAGGGCGCAUUACGAGAGGAACAUACCUCUGAAACGUUUCAAUAUUCCUGCAAAUGCAAAUUUGAAGAUCGAACAGAAAUCAAAGUCUCUAUAGGCCGAUCUAUGAAAGUCGAAGCAAUUGGAUCAAUUCCCUCUAUCAUAGAAAUUGGCGAGCAAAUUGGAUGGUUAGCAACAGCAUUCAAAUCGUCAUUUCAAGAUUCGGAGAUUUCGUUUUGCCAUCCAGAAAUUAUCAGAUUCCAGACCGAAGAUGUUACUGGCUCGCGGUCCAUUGGAAAUGAGUUUGAGCAAGCUUUCAAAUGUGAAGUCCACGUUGCCACCGACCAUAUAAGGGACAAUUUACCGAGCAUCAAUGGCCAAUGCUGGCAACAGAUAUUCAAUAAUCCAGUUGUCGUCACGGGCUAUCCAAUCAAGUUUAGAGAUUUUCUAAACUCUGGAGUUGGUUUGGAAUUGCCUUUUGAUAUGAUGACAACCUUGGCGGACGCCCGAUAUUUAACAACAUUCGAUGACAAAACAUUGGUGAAAGGUUUUUCGACUACAUUAAUCCCAACAAGAAUACACGGCUCUAUAAUCUUGUGGCAUUUACUUGUAAAUGAGUCUGGUGCUCGGAUAUCAUAUCGAGAUCCCCGUAUACAGCAGGGAAUAUUAAUUGAGCCUGAUCGUCUUAAGAGUGCGCGUCAUAUCCUGGGAUGGUGCACAAAUGCUCUUAACAAUAUAGGAUCCCCAAAUGCAAGUUACGAUAUCGGAUAUUCUGGCCUCUCUCAAGGGAGAGGAAGCCUGUCCUGGGAGGGGAUCGAGCUCAGCAUUGGCGCCGGCAAUUAUUUCAAGGUUGGUACAACUUUCACAAGAGGCAAAAAGGAUAGAUCGGUCUGCAAUUUUGUCUCAAAUGGUUACGUAUCCCUUGUUGAACACAUUGGGAAGCACCAUAUCAUGCUGUACGACGUGAAAGAAAAACGAGGUUGGCUUUCGGAUGGUCUGCCUGUGCUUCUUCACCUCGUUCGUACCUCUUUGAGAAGGGAUGAGAAGGAAGAUCCAUACCAUCUCUUUACGCAGCAUAUCGAAAAGUUAAACGAGUCGCCUUCAUCAGUCACGGAGCAAAUAAUUGAGAGAACCAUCAACGGAGAUACUAUCAAAGAGAUUGUUAGGAUAAAGGAGGCAACACAUUACCGCUUCGAAAACAGGGUAGAAGAAAUAUGUCUCCUUCUUGAGAAGACCAUUGACCAAACCGCUAAGGCGAUCAAAGAGGGAGUCUUGAGAGAUACACCAAAGAACCUUCUGGGUGGGUUCGACUUUGUUGGCGUAGCUACUCGCUCACAGCUUCGCCAUAUCACAACCAAGAUACCAAUUCCAACUCAUGCUUAUGGCUGGACGGAUCUCGUGGACUCCCUUGAAGUUGUUACUCUUUUCGGUAGCGACUUUGGAGAGCUCAUCAAACCAAGAGUAGACAAUCCUUCAAAGUCUUGCAAUCGUUGUGGAUACGGAGCCAGCUUGCCCUCUGGGAAAAAUCACGUAGCAGUGUGUGUUGACGUCCUGGAAAGAAUUAUUGAAACGAAUGGCAACAAGGAUACGACUGGUUGGAGACUAACGGAUGACCUCUACUGGCAUUUUAACGAACCUGCUUUCAGAAGCUGUUGCACCAGUUUGAAUGGGCAGCGAGUCAAUCCAAAAACUGGUAAUUGGAUCCAGAUACUCUCUUCCAAAAACAUCUACCAUCAUCCUGAACUUCUCAUUCCAAAAAAUGGUAUGGGAAACGAUGCGGUCAUUUUCGGCCAUAGUCGGCCACGGCUCGUCCGCAUGAGCCGCAAUAUCGGGAUAAAGAGAGAUUUACUCCCAGACGAAAGCAUAUUAUCGCAGACAUCGUUUGAAGUGUCCAUAUCAUCUAGGCCGCCAGAUGAGAAUUCCGGGGCAAAUGAAAACCAGCUGUUUGAGACUGUGAGCUCUGCUACUCCUAUUACC